GACGGACUCAAAAGUUUUACUUUUUUUGGGUGAACAAAAACAAAAAAACAAAAAAAGAAAACGCAACUCAAAAGCACCUAAGGUGCCUAAAUAUACGCAUACAUACAUAUAUACAUGUAGAAGCAGUUGAAAUAGUAUUUGUGCGCGACUUGCGGUAUGACUGCGAAUACCGAAAAAUUAGGAGCAAAAGGCUCUACAAAGUGGCGGCGCCUAACUAAAUAGUACAAGUAUUUAGUGAAUGGGCGCCUGUGCUGGAAAAAGUGUUAUGAAGUGUAAUGAAAUGAAGUGAAGCCAAGGAGAUAAAAUGCAAUUAAGUAUUGAGAAAAAUUACGCCCAAAUUUUCAUAAAAGAACCGUGAAUAUUGCUUUAAAAUGCGUAGCUUUGCAUGCGAAUUUUCACAAGGAGCACAUGGUUAGCACAUGCACACAUAUAUACUCUUAUUUGCCCACAUACCUAAAUAUGUAUGCAAGCGUAUGUAUAAGCAAUUGUGCGCGUUGUCUAGCAAUGCAGUUGACUAGCUUGUCAAAUGCGAGUUACGCCCGCAAAUACGCAAACGCAUGUCUAUGUAUGCGUAUCCUCAAAUACAAGUAUACGAAUAUAUUCGCCUGCAAAAAAAUGUGUUGAACAUGUGCCAGUGUGUGUGUGUGUCGGUGUAUACAAGUGCGCGUAAGUGCGUGUGUGCUGGCAGUUGUGGCAUGCUUUAAAUGAGUGUCGUGGCAGCAGCAGCAACAGCAGCAGCAGCAGCAGCGACUGAGUAUGGCCGCAACAUUACUAGACUGCCAUAGUAUGUAAAUAAAUGUGGCGAGUAGAAAAUUUCGUAUAUGCAGACAGCGUAAAUGCGUAGCGUAGAUUUUGAGUGGAUCAAGGCGCAAAAAUCAACAGCCAAGGCAGCACUCAUUGAUAAUAAGAAUUAAAAGGAAUAAACGAAAGUUUUCUCUGCAUCUCUGGAAAGAAAAUAUAUUGCAGCAUAAUUACACAGAAAAUUACUUCCAACAAACCCGAUGAAGAGACUUUUAAUUAACAUAAAGAGUACACAAAGAGAAUAAAAAUGACUUCAGAAACAUAUUUGGAUUUGACCUUCGAUCGCAGUGGAAAGAGUGGCAAACGUCCAAUUAGACCGAAAUUAUUGAAAUUGACUGAUGUUACGAUGCCGCAUCGUAGUCGGAAAAAGACCAAAGUUAAGGGCAAAGACCGGUCGAUAUCCAACGUGCGUGAACGUAUUUAUGAUGAUCCAGCCUACACAGACGACAUAAGCCACCUGGCGAAUCCUCUACGUCGCAACAGCUGCUCGGGAAAGCCAGAUAGUAAAGUGAAAAGUUUGGCUGGUGGCAGUGCAAUGGGAAACGCGGUGGUAACUGGUGGCAGCAGCUCGUUGGGCAAACGCAGUAAAUUAACCAAAGAAUUUCUACAGCACGGCAAAUUGCGUGAUGGCGGCGGCUCCUAUGAACGUAAUGAUUCAAGCAGUUCAGAUGAGCCAUUGCGUUCGGAAAGUCAAUCGAAAAGUGCGACGGGUAGUGUUGGACGACGUGGGCGCAGUCUAGAGCGCAGUUCAGCAGCGCAUGGGGAGGGAAAGAGUGCGGAGAAGAAACGUGAGAAACGUGAACGCAGCAACAAACAGAAAGGAAAUGCUUGCAUGGAAGGCACUUUACUACAACAACAACCGAACAAACAACAAAUGGAAGGUAUUAGCGCCGCCAGCGCCAGCAAUCGCCGCUCAAAAGCACAGUCAGCUAUGAUGACCAAGCAGUACAGCGAUGGCGCCGCUGCGGAUUUGCAGUGGGCGGGCGAGCAAGCGCGCGAUGAGCUAGCUUCAGUGCGCAGCGGCGCAUCCACUUCUAAAGCUAUUGCCACAGGUGUGCCCACCCCCACCGCCUCCUCAUCAGGUGGCAGCUCGAAAAUGCAAAUAGGUCGCCGCUUCUUGCGCGGCGAAAUCGGCAUUAAGAGUUUCAAUUAUUAUCUACUAAAGGAGGGUAUUAAAAGCUCGAAACGUUUUGUGGAGAAACAGCGUAACUCUAUCUCAAGCGGAUUGGCUAGCGCGGCAGGUGGCGGCAAGAAAUCGCACUCCCGCAGCGAGGAGAAUAUCUACGAGGAGAUUUUCUUUAAGGAUGCACCACCAUCCGAUGAUGAGCAACAGCAAUCCCAGCAGCAUCAACAGGUUCAGAGUGAGUUAAAGGCUCAAGCAACAAUACAGCAGCAAAACCACCAUCACCAACAGCAACAACAACAUGAACAGCAUACAAAACCACAACAAUCUUUGCCACAAUCGGUCAGAGGUGCGGAUACACCUAUUUCACAAUGCAGCGGCAGCGAAGAGGGCCUUUACGCCGAUUGCGAGCUAUGCCUGCAACAAUGCACCAAAGAGAAUUGCGAAUACUGUUACGCGCAGCAAUCGCGUUUGGCGGCAGAUAGUCAGGACUGCCGGGGAAAAGAGCAGCGCGACAUGGCGAAACCAUAUGCUGUUGUGCCACUGCAACAUCAGCAACCACAACAAGAUAAAAACGUGCAACAGCAAUUCGAUAGUCUCGGGCAUCCAUUAAUUACUCAAGCGCCAUGUGGCAACAUGCAUACCAGUGACGACUUCAAUGAGACGAUGAGUGGAAACAGCAACGCCCCGGGUAAUCGUUUGGUAGGCGGUCAACUACCCACCGCCCACAUACUUGAAUUCCAAUCGUACAACCCGAACAAUCCGGGCGUAUAUAAAAUUGAGACAACACCGGUGGCCAUCACUGGUGAAUACAAUCCGAUACUGCAAUUUCAACAGUCGUCGCCUUCAACAGGCACGGCCACCACAACAACGCCAAGUGCUGAACUACAGCCCCAACCGCAACUGAAUUUGGCGCAUCACGUGGCUCAUAUGCCGCAACAGCAAACACAAUUGGCACAACAACUUAGCUAUCAGCAGGCUCAGCCUCAGCAGCAGCAGCAGCAGCAGCAAUUUAAACACUCUUCACAGAGUUAUUUACUGCAAAGCGGCGCCACCCUGCCACACCACCACUGCCAUCAGUCAGGCGUGGGUGGCGUCUCAACCAGCAGCGCUGGCAUACUCAUAACCCAACAGCGUGUACGCGGCAGCCACCGCAGUGGUAGUCAGCAGUCGCACUACAUGCUCGCUUACAAUACGCCCACAGUGGCCACAGGACCGCCACCAACUGGCGUUGGCAUGCAACGCAUGAACACCAAAUCAUCAUCGUCAAGCGACUCGUUGCAACAUCAACACAUGCAUAAAUACAACACCAUGUCGCGACUGGAGGCACAACAAGUCCUGUUGGGAGAUCCUUUCUAUGGCGGCGCCAAUGUAGGCCCGACGCAUUCGCUUAUGUUCGCUGCCAGUCGUCCCAUUGGCGGUUCACAGAUACUCGUCGACCCCUACGAUUUGCCGCAAAUGUACAAGAGUGACUCGCGCGCCUCCAUAAUCAGCGAGUAUUCGCUACGUAGCAGCGACAAUUCGCAUCGCUAUAAUCGCUUUCGAUACGCAGGUGGCGGUGGUGGUAGUUUCAGUGGCGUAGCUGGUGGUGGUGGUGGUGGUGGUGGACAGGUGAGUGACUCCAGCCUCGGUGACUCACUCUUCUCGUGCACCUCGGCACAGCGACGCUACUUUGGCAGCUCAGAAAGUUGUCGUUUUGGAUUCGAGUGUCGCCGCUGCAGCCUGGAUGGCGGCGAAAAGUGUAGCUAUUCCGACACUUGCCGCUACGAGUGUCGUAACUGUGAUUGUUCGUCCAGCUACUUUUCGUCGGACUUUGAUGAGUUGUAUGGCAGCGUGGCGGGUGCUGGUAGCACUGCGGCAGCGCUUGCUGCACAGCGCAGUAGCGGCAUACCGCGCAAGACUGCAGCAGGCACGCUGCCCGCAAACGCCGGCCACAGCGAGUACGAUCGCCAACAGGAGCAACUAAAUUUGAAGCAGAAUAAAUAUGCGCAAGAUUUCUUUAAGCAUGUAAACGAUGUUAAACGCAGCAUCUAUCAGUCGGAGAUGCAACGCAAUGGCAGCGGCUCGAACGAAGAUAAAUUUGAAAGUAGCCGCUCCAAAAGCGAACGUGGCAAUGAAGUGCCACAAGCAGCAGCGGGUAGCCCGCGUCGACAUGCAACCAAAGAGGCACCGCAAAUUACGACGCUGCCGCUUACUAAGGAGCGAUCACGCGCACAACGCGCCUCUAAUGUCAUUACCUCGAACACGGAUAGCUCGGCCACGCCUACGCCGGCACCAAGAACUAGUUUGCAGCAACCUCAGUCGACAGCGCAGCCAAAAGUUAUACAACGCUCGCGACACGCACAAGUCCAAGCCGCCUACGAACGGCACAGUGAAUAUCCAUCGUUAGACAGACUCGUGGCCAGCGCCACCGGCGCUAUACCAAAAGCAACUACAGCUGCAUUGCCAGCUAGUGCUGUAGGCAAGUCGAAAAAUAAUGCAACCAAUACCGUGCAACAUUCUGUAGAAACUGGCCAUGACAUAAACAGCAACAGCGCAUCUCGUACAGAGCGCUAUAGUCCGCGUCACAGUCCAAAGAGUUUGAAAAUAACCGAUCGCCCACUCGGUUUGCCAGUUGCUUCAAUGGCUGGUAUACAUGCGGACGCGGCCAAGGCCAGCUGUCGCGAGACACGCGUCGCCGCUGAGGCCAUUACCAAUAAUAACAAUAAUAACUUAGCUCCAUCGGCUGCAGAUGCGAAUCACAAUAAGCCAACUGAAAUGCAUGGCGCUGCCAAGACGUCGGCUGUGGCCGGCGCGGGUGGCUCAGCCAAGCGUGAAGCGCGAUAUUUGAGUGUUGAGCAGAGCGGAAAUGUACCUAUAUCGCAGUCUGCCAAGCGUCAUCAUCGCAGCACUUCCGCCUCUAAACAAUCUGCAGUGCCCUUAGUGCGCCGCAGCAAGGAUAUACCUGCGCCGCCACCACCAUCGCCAGCCACGUACUCAGACUUGCAGGAAUUGAAGGUGAAUUUGGAGAAUGCGCAGCAGCAGGGCGAUGGUAGUGAAGGUGAUGCUAAGAAAUCUUCUGCUGAAAGGAAAAAGAAGAAGCGCACAAAAGAAGACAACGAGCGCCAGGCCAAAAUAAAUGCGACCGAAGGUCGAACACAAAUGGAAAAAACCGAAAACGCCACAACAAAAACAGCAGCAAACACCGUAUCCGCAAGCAAGCCGCCGCCAUGAAUCGCGUGCUGAGUCGAAAAACAAAAUAAGCAAAGAAAGAGCGAACAAAAUAAAAGACGAUAAAAGCAGAGAGAGUAAUGAAGCAACAACAACAACCGCAAGUGGUGGAGCAGUAGCGCCACUUGAGAGGGGUGAGCAAUCAACAAUUACGACAACAAUGUUAACAAAUAAGGCAAAAGAUGCGACAAAGCUGGGAGACUCGAUGGCAUGCGCAGCAGCCAUGUUGCCAAGCACGAGAGCAGCUGCAGCCGAAGAAUACAUUACUCAGCAGACUGCAGGUGGAGCAGCAGCAGCAGCAACAACAACAACAACAACGAGUACAACUAAUGCUCCAGCCACUGCCGCUCAGCCGCAAGCAGCAGCGAUUGUAGCGCCAAUAACAAAUCCAAAUCAAAUUGGCGCGCAAACUGACAACAAGCCUGAGUGCGGGGAAAAUGCCAAGGUUUAUAGCAGCAUGAGUCCACAACAUGUUGCCGAACCUGUCACUAACAGCAGUGCCGCAACUGAACAGGCAGCUAAUUCGAGUUUGACAAGUCUGCAAAACGAAACAAUACCCUCAUUGGUGGUGGGCAGACCAACAGACGCUCGAAAGCUGUCAACCACAACAACACCAACAAAAGCAACAAUCAUUAUAACACCAGCUGAACCAACAGCAGGAACAGCUGCAACCAUAACACAGUUAACAACAACAUCAACUAACGAUACAGCAGCGCCAGCAAUGGAAUGUGCUACAUUGGCUGCUCAACUGUUAACAGCAGCAACAAAGUCAACAGCAACGCUGACGCCCACCGCAACAGCGUCGUCAUCGACGACGACAACAGCAAUGCGCGAUGCCACUGUGCCAACAGCAGCAACGACUUCGCCAGCAACCAGUGCGGCCAACUCUACAGCCAGUUGUAUUUCGGAUAUCGCAGGUGUCGCUACGCUUUCGUACAGCUCUACUAAAGUACCAACAAUCACCACAACUGCACAAUCAUCGCUGGACUCGGACCAAACGACGCAGCUGAAAACGACACGUGAUCCAGUCAAACGUCCACCCCUCUACCGACAGGACUGCUCAACCUGCGUCGACUCGAGCGAAGCACAAUCGGACGAUAGUCAUUUAACACGCGACUCUGUUACGCGUGAAUCCCAAAACGACGAACUCUCCUCGUCGACGCUAGACAAACUCGACCUUAGCACUCUACCAUUACCGGCCCUACCACCAAAGAAGCGACGCACCCGUCUGCGCGCCAGCCCAUCGCGGCAUCACAGCGGCAGCAGUCGGCGUGCGUACGAGCAUGAUUUGGCUGCGCCUGUCGGCGGCGACGAAACACGACACACAGCUGCCUCUGCUGCGCAUAUAAGUUUGCAAGCGGUCGCCACUGGCAGCGGUGCUGGUGGUGGUAGUGGCGGUAGCGGUGGCAGCUGUGGCGAAGCAACGCCACAUCUCUCUGCCUUUCAGCAGUACGUGGCAAAGCGUCGCGAAAGUCUCGAAGCAUCAUCGCGCAACUUCAACGAAAAACUGGAAGCGCGUAGAAUGCAUUACCACAUGGGUGGUGGCGGCGGUUGCGAGAGCGGCGUUGGCAGUAACGCAAGUGGAGGACCAAUGACCGGAGGUAGUACUCAUAUGCCUACCUAUUUAUUUGGUGAGCACUAUUAUGGAGUGCCUAAGAAGGUGACGGGCACGCGAAAGUCGCCCCACGGCAACAAGGAGGAGAUUUUCCUUAACAAAUCUGGUUGGGUGCAAGUGAAUACGAAGCGCAAUAGCGAUGAGAAUCGAGGCGUUGGUAGUUAUCGAGCCGCUAACUAUGCGCAUCAGAACGGCGGCAGCAUCGAUGGUGAAAGUGAGCGAGAUUUGCGACGUACAGUGCGCGUCAUACAAAUAGAUAAUACUCGACGGUCGGAUAGAGCACGGCAGGCACUACAACAACAUCAUCAAUAUUCGCUCGAUCCCGCAUUUGGCAUGGGCAAAUAUCCGGCGAGCAAAGUUGAAGAGCUAAUCCAACGUAAUCAGGCGCGAGUCGGCAAUGCUGGUGGUCCGGUUUUCGUAACGACACGUGACAAUGCUCUACGGCCCGGCUAUCGAAUCGUUGAUCCUCAAUUGGCCAGCAUUCUCAAUGAACGUCCCGGUUUCCUGCCUGUGCGUAAUUUGCAUGACGCAGAUUCACCGCCUCCCAUUACACCCAUACUCUCUCCACCACCCGCCUUCCAAGACAGUAGCAAAUCCAAAUACAUUGAUCGACGUAAAACCAUACCGAGUAGACAGCAUCAGUCGGCGCUGACUGCCAACAAUCUGCAUGCAGCGAACAGCAAUGGCAGCACCGUCAAGGGUAUGGUAUUCUCUCGAAGCUUUGAGUAUGACACACGUCGAAAUGCGCCAGCUGAUAGUUAUGUGGAAACGUUUUCGCGUAGCUUUGAUGGCAAUCUCUGCGAACGGCCACCGCUGCAACGUGAUCGUUCGCCCAACUUCAGCUCGCUCACCGGUAAUUCACCCAACUAUCUGACGAAGAAAGAUUCGGGUGGUGGCAGCAGUGGCAGCUUACGUAGUCGUGACAAUUCACCAAAAUACCAGCAUCCACAGACCACUGCCUAUCUGAAUGCUUCGAUAAAAGAAGCGCCGCCCUCCUUUAGUUUGGCUAGCGCGAAUCCCAAUGCGGGCGCCAGCAGUCGCUAUUCGCCGCGAUCUCGACACGAACGUUCCUUCGAGCGGUCGAAGAGUCACAAUGUGCUGGUGCGUUCGCGGAAGUCUCAAUUCAAUCGAGUGGCUAGUGGUGGUGCUACAGUGGGAGUAGGUGCUGGAGGCAGCCAACCGCCGAUGGUGAGCGUUGGUAUGUCACGCUUUCGCAGCUUCGAUACGACGGCGAGCCAGCGACUGAAUUCGUGCGACAGUGGAGCGAGAUCAGAUCUUUCCAACGAUGAGUUAGAUUGCGAUGACGAUGUAGGCUCCAAUGAAUUCCUCACCGCCAAUUAUCACCACAGCAUAUCACCGUUAAAAACGCAACGCCAGCGUUCACUUACACCAGAUCGGAACGAAUCGCAUAGCUCAUCGAGUAGCAUACGAAAGCAGCGUUCUCUCACUCCAGAGUCACGAUCGCUGACGCCAGAGGACCGACGACGAAAAGGCGGUUCGCAAGCAUCGCUUAUGGGAUCGCGACAAAAUUCAAGUUCUCGCAGCAAUACGCUCGAACGUAAGCAGCGAUUAACUGAAGGACAACCAUCAGCGAACAUAUCGCGCAGCUCCUCGAGCUCAAGCUACAGUGGUGGUGGCGUCGGUGAGCAUGAGGGAGGCGGUGGCGUAGGUGCAGGUGCAGGUGCAGUUGCGGGAAUGCCAACAACUACUGUAGUAGGUGUUGGCGCUGGAGGUACAAGUGGCGGCAUUGGAGGUGUAGUCGCUGUUAUGCCCGGCAGUGGUGGACGAUCACAACAUCGACGUUCGCUUGGGCGAAACGCCAAGCAGGUGGAUGAGCAUCGCAUACGGAGAUCUAGAUCUCUACAGCUUAGCGAACGUUCACCCAGCCGCACACACAAAGUCAUUGUAUCCAUGGGCCAAUCACAAGGCUCUGGUGUCGCUUAUCACACAGCGAAUGCACAGCCAAUUUACCAACAAGCCGCCGUACGCGUAAGCAAUGGCGGCGCUGCAACAGCCCGCCCACCCAUACGCACCAGCAGCAAGUCGCAGUCGUUGCUGUUGACCAGCAGUAACUCCGGUGCCGGACGUACGCGCAAUAAUGACAUCGAUAAAAGUCGCUCCUUUGACUUUGACUACUGCAAUUACAAUAAUCAAGUCGCGCUGAAGGGGCAUAGUCACGUAAGUGGCAGUGGUGGCGGCGGAGGUGGCGGCAACAAUCAGAACGUGCCUAUGCGCUUGGACUUUGACAAGAGUCGCUCAUUCGACGAGGACUACAGAGAGCCGCUGAAUAGCGUCAGCAAUACAUUGACUGCAGCGAAUGGCAUGCGUUACUUGCAGGCUGUUGCCGAUGGCAGCGCCAGCAACAAAACCAGUCGCCUGCGGCGUUCAUCACCCGUCGGCAGCGGUGAGCGAAACUCACGCUCGCCGCAAUCAUCCGGCUCGUCGUGCAACAAUCUCAACUUACCACGGCAAUCAACAAGUCCCCAGAGUUAUGGCACGCGACUCUGUGAUCACGAGCUCACCUAUGACAUGCUGCGCAAAUCACUCGAUCGCUCGCCGAUCAUGGACUUUCGACGCGGUGACAGCGGUGAAUACGAUUUGCCGCCAGCGCUGUUGCGCAAUCGUGAAACGAUUAACAGUGGCGGCAAUAGUGAGUUGAAUUUCUUUAACAAUGACACAACACACAUCUACGAGCAGCCAACGACCAAGGUGACAACGACUGCAGCAGCCGGCUCCUUGAAGCAGCAACGUUCACUGGGCCACACACAUAGUCCGAGUGAGUCGCAGUAUUCGUUAGAGCGGCAACACGGCAAUGCGUCGGGACGUGAGAGUAUGACGCCGGAAGGCGCAAGUGGCGAUUAUCGCAGCGAGCAUGUCUACCGACAUCCGCAUACGCGGGAGUCAUCACGAGAGGGAGGAAAACGUGGCAGCGGCAGCAGCAGUAGUCGCAACAGGUAUUGAAGCGCUGAUUACGCAAUCGAAAGUUGGAUGCAAAAGUAAUGAGUAUCUAGUACGUUGCGUGGUCGAAACCUGCAUGCAAACCUGCGCGAUCACUAACAUAUACUUUGACUGCCUUAUCCUGCCUGCCUGCC